AUGGGCGGAGGACGCAAAUCAAAACAUGGGUCUGCUGUGGCUCCGAUCUUCCAUAGCCGCAAAACGGAGGAGGAACAGCGGGCCGAAGAGAAUACAGACUAUGACUCCACAGCUAGUGACAUAAGUCACCAAAACACGAACCCCAUCACAAAGGAUGACCUCCGCGGCUUGCUGCACGAAAUUAAGGCAAACAUGGCGGCGGAAUUUACUAAGCACCUGGCUCCCCUACGGGCAGGCCUCACGGAUCUCGUGCAACGCACCAGCACCCUGGAAGACAAAAUGGACGUCGCCACAUCUAGAGAAAACACCCACGAGCAGGCCAUACUAGACCUUAGGGACCAG